CUGCGCUCUGCUUACAUGUGACGAACGUCGAUGAAUGGAUUUACUGGCUUAAGGACACGUGUAUCACCGUAGAACGGUCACGUUUGGCAUUGGUCGUAGGUUUUUGACUUGUGGCUUGCGUGCGUACCAAAAUCAAUCACACCAGGCAGCUGAUAGGAUCCCCGUGUUGUCCUUAUUGAGUGCACAGUCGCAACCAUGGAGGUCAACAAGGAUGAAGCGAAAAGGUGCAUCGAGCUCGCAGCGGCCGCGUUGAAAGCGGGCAACAUCGCAAAGGCGGAAAAGUUGCUGAAAAAGUCACAAAACUUGUUCCCUCUGGCGCAGGCAGAAGAGCUCCUCAAGCGGGUCAAAACAGCUGGAACGGAAGGGACCAAAACUGGUAGCACUGCCAACUCGGGAGCAUCGGCAAAUGGUGCAUCCUCCGCCCGGAGACGUCCAGUCCAUCGUGAGGAAGAAAAACCGACCGAACCGAAGCUUAACGUCGACUACACUCAGGAUCAGGCGGACGCGGUGAAGCGCAUCCAGAAGUGCAAGGACUUCUACGAGGUGCUGGGAGUCACGAAAGAAGCCACCGAUUCGGAGAUUAAAAAAUGCUACAAAAAGCACGCGCUGCAGCUGCACCCGGACAAGAACAAAGCCCCUGGAGCGAUGGAGGCGUUCAAGUCGCUCGGUAGUGCCGUAGAGACGUUGACCGAUCCACAAAAGCGAAAGGCGUACGAUCUGUACCGCACGACAGGUAAUGGGUCGUCCGGAGGCAGGACACGUACGCCGAACGGCGGAUACACCUACGGCCAGAAUGGGUUCACCUUCCAGUCCGGCUUCGAUUCGGGCAUGGAUCCAACGGACCUGUUCAACGCGUUCUUUGGUGGUGGGUUCCCGCAGCAGCAUCAGCAUAACUACUAUCGGGCUCGCACCGGCCGUUCCCAGUACGGCGACAACAGCGGUAGCCAGCCGAGUCUGAUCUUUGGCUUAAUUCUAUGCUUCAUCGUCGUCUCGAUGCUGUCGACGUUCUUUGCAUCUGAUCCGCUGUACAGCCUGCAACAGACCGGCAAAUUUUCGGUCGAACGGCGCACACUUAACCUGCAUAUACCGUACUACGUGAAGAAAAAUUUCCAGAGCGAAUAUCAGGGUUCACUGGGCCGGCUCGAGCAUUCGGUUGAGGAGGAAUACGUGACGUAUAUGAAGCGAUCGUGCAGCAACGAGCGAGCGUAUCGAGACGGCAUGAUCGGUCGGGCGAAGAGCUUUGGCAGUCGGGCUCAGUUCCAGCAGGCGCAACAGCUAAAAAUGCCUUCUUGCGAUGCCCUGUAUCGGUUGGGUAGGGGUGUCGAGCAGUACUAAGACCAAAAAUUCCGGCGAGAAGCCAUCGCGCGAGUGGACGAUCGAACAUUCACAGACAUUACCCGAGUCAUCUUCGCAGUUUUGCCUUUACGUUUCUUCGUUUGAUCUGCUCUAGUUCCAUUUCUCGCUAAAAUUAAUCGCUGUUUAGGGGAAAAUCUUGUAUUGAUAACUGUUACUGGUAGGGAUAUUUUAGAGCGGUAUAUUUUGUUGAGUGCAAUAAAUGUGUUUUAAUAUAUUAAU